ACAGCAGCAGCAACAUGGCCACCACCACAGCCACCGCAAAAAAGACCGUCACGCGCCAACAACUCUAUGGUUCCAAUCGUUGUCUGCGGCAGCAAUCAAGUGUCCAUUAUCCACUCGAUCAUGGCGGUAUGCAGCCGUCACAUGUUGGCGGUGCCAGCGGCGGCACGCUGAAACGUCAGCCAUGCGCGCUCUCGCAUUCGCGUUCCAUUACCGCGCUACAAAAUAUGGAUCUUUAUGGCAGCUAUGCAACAUUGCCAUCGUCAGCAGCCGCCGCACCGUUGGACACACCACAACGCGCGUACUGUGCGCGUCAUUUGCCGGCUGUUGCCGGUGGUGGUGGUGCUGGUGGCGUUGGCGCGGGUGUGAGUGGCAGUCACACAUGGCACCCGAGUCAGUAUGCGGCCGCAACACCUUGCUGUCAUCUGUACAAUGCCAACCAGGCAGCUGCGGCGCCUACAUGCAUGUAUGCUGGCAGUGGGUUGGGCCAUGCUUGUCAGCAGCAAGCGCCGCCAACGCACCCACACCAGCAGCAACAACAGCAGUAUCCACGCGCCGCGCUACUGCAUGACAGUCAUAAACCUUUGGUGCCCAACGGCUGUUAUUUCGGCUAUGAGCACAAUACACAUUUGACCGAUGAGGAGGAUUCGGCAUUUCCGGGUUUCCACGACCGUGAAUUUCACAUGCUGCACCGAAAUAUACCAGCCCUGCGGCGUACUGGUGUUGACACGGCAGGAAUUAGACAGUAUUUCUAUCCGGAUGGCGGCUGGGGUUGGAUCAUAUGUAGCAUAGCCUUUUUGGUGCAUAUACUAACGACAGGUUUACAGCUGUCAAGCGGUCUAUUGCUUUUCUAUGCUAUAGAACAUCUGAGAGACUCCAAUGGCAUUGAGUGGGUUGGUGCUUUAAACUGGUCAAUUUCUAUGUUACUAUCACCGUUUGUGAUCACAUUUUGUCGAAAGAAAUCGACGCGACUGAUGGCAGUGGUCGGUGGUCUAGUGCUGCCGUUAGGCAUACUAUUUACCUCCUUCGCAACGGAGUUGGGGCAAAUAUUUUUUAGUUAUGGUAUUGUUUUUGGUAUAGCUGUGGCCAUGGUUCGUGAAUCGUCCACAAUAAUGUUAGGUAAUUAUUUUAAGCGACGUAGGCAAUUUGUCGAAAUGGUCGCCAUGUCUGGCGAAGGCGUGGGCAUAUCGAUUUUCUCUGUGAUACUGCGAGAGGGUGUUGGCAAUGCUGGUUGGCGUGUUGGUCUCCAAAUUGUUGCUGGCCUCGUAGCAGUUAGUUUCUUUAUGGGUUUAUUAUAUAGACCCGCAUCACUAUAUCAUCCCCAAAGGCGCGCCAUACAACAUUUGAAAAACCAGAGAAAAAAGAUGCAUGAGAACAAAUCCAGAGCUGUGGUCACAACAGAACAGAAAACAGUCCGUUAUUUAUUUAUCGACAUAUCACCCUUCAAAUCAACUAAUGUGAAAAUACUUCUCGUAUCAGCUGCCGUGGCGGCGUUGGGAAUUUACACGCCCAUGAUCUCAAUGACCUUGACUGUUGCCAAGGAGGGCCCCGAUAUAGAAGAUUUGGUACUGCUGCAGACUUUUUUAGGCGUCUCUACCACAAUCGGCGUAUUUAUAGCCGGUACAAUAUUGCGUAAGACUUUUACAAUAGGUAGCUUUUUAAUAACCUCACAAAUUGUGUCUCAGGUAUUUAUUGCGCUGAUAGCAAUUUCGAUAUUGAGCCUGUCCUUCGUCGUAAGCUUUCGUUGGUUUUGUAUACUCGGCUGGAUGUACGGCAUUGGUUUCGGCGGAUUCCGUUAUGCCUUCAAAAUACUAACGCUGGAUCGCGUUAAGGUGAAACAGUUCUCGAAGGCAUGGGGGCUCAUCAAAGGCGCUGAAUCGCUACCGGUGCUCAUUAGCAUACCGCUGACCAGCUUCCUGAACGAUUACUCACUAAAUUAUGGACGCGCUGGUUAUUUUAUUUGCUCAGCAGCCGCCGCUAUUGGCGGUAUCAUAAUAUUCUUCAUGACUUACUCCACCGUGGAGCAGGAGAUCAGCAGUCAGGGCAACAAUAAGAAGCAUGGCAAUGGCGCUAUACCGACGCUACGUCCAUUUCCUCAAUAUUGCAAGCUACAUGGCUUUCAUGAGCCCGUGGUGGACUUUAAUGUCUACAAUGGCUGUGAUUAUCCCGCGCCCGAUUUACUAAUGAGUCGCAGUUGUGUAAGCCUGAAUCAAGUAGACUUUGAGAAUCUCUGUCGCAAUAAUGCCUACUGUGAUCGCUGGCGCAUGCCGAGCGUGCACAAACUGCAAAACUGUGCGGUACACGGUGCGGGUGCGACACGAGGCCGUGGCCAUAUGACGGAUAUGAGUCGACCGCAGAGUCCACACUAUGAUAUUGAGCAGGGUUAUGCGAGCAUGGGACGCAGCAUGGGCAAGCGACUGCAGAAGAGCUUGUCUUUCAUCCAAAAUCCGUACUGCUGUAAUGGACAAUGGUAUUGCAAUUGCCACGACAGCUAUCAGUGGGCGCAGACAUCACCGAGAUCUCACAUACAUCAACCGCUGCUGUGCACCUGCAAUCAGGGCUCCACGAACUAUUUGCAAAACUCGCGUAGUCGCAGCGUGCCUGAAGGUCUCUCCACCAUCGGCAAUCAGGUGUGCAGAUGCAAGACAACGGCAACGCCAGCAGCGACGACGACAUCGCGUCUCGGUUCUUCCACUGCCUUAUCACGUGAAGUUAUCUAUUUGCCGCGUCAUGAUCACGACUACGACUUCAUGUGUCGGCAUCAUCAAAGGGGUGUUGGCGCUGCUGCGGCCACAGCAACGGCGGCGGCAGUCGCAGCUAUACACGGAGCCGCCACGACACCGCGCUACCGCCAUCGACGCUCACAAUCGCUCUCCAAACCACUACAAUAUGUCGAACAGAUAACGACAUCGGUGUAGGCGUAUAAUUAAUAAAAGUUAGACAGACGUAAGAGAGUUGGUGCAAUAACUGAUACUAGGCAAGGGUUCAAGGCCAUGGAGAUGACGUACGAGCGUUGAAAUUUUAAAUAGAAUGUUGAAUCGUUUAAAGCGCUGAGAGCGUGGUGUUGGAAACCAACCGAAACUAGCUGUUGGAGUUGAAAAUCUGUCUAAUUGUUUUCUAAGCUAGAAAAACUAGGUUCAAAUCGCCGGUUUCUAAACCGGUUCUCCCAAGUCGAAACAUUUUCUUGGAAUACCCUGCUUUAUUUGAAGACAUAUGCAGUCGAGGCAGAAAAUGAAUUGAGCGCCCGUGGAUUCCAAUAAACUAUCGGAAUAUUAAGGUCAGGUUCGGUAGUCAACAACUUUUUGUAUUAUUUUUUUAACGCCGUACUUGUCGGCGGAAUCUUCUAACCGAAGUUUUUAUCGAUUUUAAUUCGUGGAUACAAAUAAACCAUCGAGAUAUUAAGGUCAUUAGGCUGUAAACUUGUUGCCGGAAUCUUCUAAUCCAAAUUUUUAUCGCAUUCCGAUUUAAGUCGUAUUUGGUUCCUUAGACUCUAAAAAAUGCAAAUUUUAUAAAAAUAUUUCGGUUCUGAAAUGUAAAGGUUCGAGAACUUUUUGGAGAUUGGACAAACUUAAACGGCAUCUUUCACGUAAUAAAUGUAUCGAGUUUUACUACUUCCGAAGCAAACCUGUAUGUAUUAAAAUUUGCCACGAAGUUUGUUACACUCAGAAAGAAUCUUCGGGCACUCUAUAAAAGAUGAUGAACGUAACAAGCUGAGUUGAUUUAGCAACGUCCGUCUGUUGUUCGUCUAUACGUAUACGAGAUAUCGAACUGAAAAUUUGGACCCGUCCUUUUCUCGCCAAGAAGCUGCUCAUUUGUCGGAUUGACCGAUAUCUGACCACUAUAGCAUAUAGCUGCCAUACAAACUGAACG